AUGGCACUGGGCAGAGCAGGGCUCUAUAAGCUGGGAAAGUUCUAUCUGGUCAUCGAGGAGUUGAGCCAGCUGUUCCGAUCACUCGUCCCCAUCCAGCUGUGGUACAAAUACAUCAUGGGGGAUGACUCUUCCAACAGCUACUUCCUAGGAGGGGUCCUGAUUGUUCUCUACAGCCUCUGCAAGUCUUUCGACAUCUGUGGCCGUGUGGGCGGAGUCAGGAAAGCCCUGAAGCUUCUCUGCACCUCUCAGAAUUACGGAGUCCGGGCCACUGGGCAGCAAUGCACAGAAGCCGGCGAUAUCUGCGCCAUCUGCCAGGCUGAGUUCCGGGAGCCUCUGGUCCUCAUGUGCCAGCUGGAUAUGCAAAGGGCUUCCCCAGUCCCUUUCCUCCGUUGCUACUAUGGCUCCAGACGCCUCUCCACUUCCUUCUCGAAGCGCCAACUGCGGCCUUUCAAGCUCUGGGCUCCCCCUCAGGAAAAUGGGAACCAGCUUUCUCCAAGGACACAGGGUUUUCACCAACCUGCAGAAAUAAAGAUUUGUAUUUCGGGCCGGGACUUCUUUGUCCGUGUCCUCCCUGUGUCCACCACGCCCUUCAGACAAAGGUGGCUCCUGCCCCUGGGAUUCGACCUGCCCCGGAUGGGACCUCCAGGGGCCGGGCAGAGAGCGUCCCGAAGCACGCACCUCUCUUCGCCAGCGCCAGGGCUGCGCCGGCCCACGCGACAUCUGUCGCCCGCGCUCCCGGCUCACACCCUGCGCACCCCCGCAGCUCCCCUGGCGCUGUCACCCCCCACGCUCCGGCUGCCGCCUCUCUCCGCGGGCGCCGCGCCAGCUUCCCAGGGUGUCGGCGCACGGCGGGACUCGGCCAGGGCCGAGCGCUCGGCAUCUGUGGGGUCGUGGCACCCGGGGCAGCUGGCUUUCUCAGCUUCGACCUUCACCUUCCAGCCCUAG